AUGUCAGCCGAUCAUUCCAGGGAUCCCUGUCCCAUUGUUAUAUUAAACGAUUUCGGUGGUGCGUUUGCGAUGGGUGCCAUUGGUGGGUGCGUUUGGCACGGUAUUAAAGGAUUCAGAAACUCUCCGCUGGGUGAGAGAGGCUCUGGAGCGAUGAGUGCUAUCAAGGCGCGUGCUCCUGUGGUGGGCGGCAAUUUUGGUGUUUGGGGUGGGUUGUUUUCUACAUUUGACUGUGCCGUGAAGGCGGUGAGAAAGAGAGAGGACCCAUGGAACGCGAUCAUUGCAGGGUUUUUCACUGGUGGUGCGUUGGCGAUCAGAGGAGGUUGGAGACACACGAGAAACGGUGCUAUUACAUGUGCCUGUCUGUUGGGUGUUAUCGAGGGAGUCGGUUUGAUGUUUCAGCGAUACAUGGCUUGGCAAGCCAAGCCAAUGGCUCCGCCAUUGCCCGAAUCAUCGUCGCCACAACCGCUACAGGCUUGA